UAUUUUCUCGAAUGGGGUUUGAAUGAGCGAGCCAUCACCUUUUCGUAAAUUACAGAAUAAGUUCAGUUCUUUGUUGUCAUUCAUACAAAAAUCUUGACACAUCUUCUGUUAUCGGUUUCCAUGAACUAAAGGUUGAUACUACCAGGAAGUGUCACCUUGAAUUCUGCCGGGAAUGGGUUCAACAUUGCUCGACGCUAAACGCUAAAACUGUCCAACCGUAAACGUUAAUUUAAACAAAGUUAAAUAAUUGUUUUUAAACGGUCGUCGUCGUCGGUGGAUUAAUUUGAACCUCCAUCUAUGUCUUCUGAUAUUUUAAAGAGCAUUCUUCUCUUUUUACGCCGAGUUUAAAGAAUGGGAGUCGUACUCCGGAACCUCCAAAAGGUGGUGCCUCUGCGCCGCGCCAGACUGCGCAGAGACGUGGACAUGCUGAGGCACAUUCUGGGCGUCCAGAAAUUUGACCUGGGCAUCAUCUGUGUGGAUAACCAAAGGAUGCAGCAAAUAAAUAACACAUACAGGAAGAAAAAUGUGUCUACGGAUGUACUAUCAUUUCCAUUCUAUGAGGACCUGAGACCGGGUAAACUGCCUUGCUCUCUUCAUAGAGAUGAGCUGAACCUUGGGGACAUUUUCUUAGGGGUGGAGUUCGUGAUGAAGCAGUGUAAGGAGGAGUCAAUGGAUCUGCAUGGAGCCCUCACCGUUGUCACUGCACACGGCAUCUGUCACUUGUUGGGCUACAGACACGAGACCGAGGAAGAGUGGACUGAGAUGCUGCAGAGGGAAAGCUACAUUCUGAGUGAGUACAACAGACUCACAGGGAGACAUCUGGAGCCACUGACCAAGAGGUGCUCUCACGACAGGUGACAGUGACAGCCACCUGCUUACCUUUUUAAGUCACACUAAAUGUGCUAUGGUGCUUGAUAUUGUUUAUGAUCCUGUAACAAGCGGGGACUCUAGUUUUACUCACGGUCUGCUUCAUUCUCAAAUACAAGAACACUGGCUGCUCUUUCUGAGGACUCUAAUCACACCCGGCAGUGUUUAAGCCGGAUCUCCUUUUCUGACACUGGAUGUGUUCUGAAGUUUAAACAUCAAACUGAAAAGUCAAUGCACUUUCACUGUAAUGUUUUAUUAAAAUCUGCUUCAAGAAGA